AUGUACUCGAAGGUGAAUCUGUCCUAUCUGGACUUGAACCUCAAGCGACGCGUGCUAUGGCAAAUCAUGGGCAAUUCAUUUCAUUGCCUCGAGCGAAAACGAUCGAUACGUUCAUCCUAUCUGAUGAAUUGGGACAGGCUAAUGCGCCACUGGUUCCGUGUUCAUCCCAACUGGAAUCCCGUAUUUUUGUUUUCUUUCCUUUUCGACAUCCCUUCUUCUUCUCAACUACCAUUGUUGUCCACUCUUCAGCGUGGCAAGGGCCAAAGCCCAUCCGGGUGGAUGUAUCUCAUCGAUCUAUCACACCGGCUCCUCACGGUGGGGUUGUCGAGAAAACACCAAGCGGGCUCCAACAAUCAUCCUCCAACACAUUACUCACGCUAA